GCUUUUAAUAAAAAAAUAUUUUUUUUAAAUCAAGUAACUUUAUAUAAAAAAACACAAUUUAUGUGGCCAUGUAACGACAUUGUUAAAAAUGACCUCGAAAAACACAUAAUAAAUAAUACCUAUAGGUCGGUCCUAUGAUAGUAUUUACAACCAUGUGCUUUGUGAUGUUGUGGGAAAAUUAGUCGACAUAUGUGCUUAAUUAAUGUGGGAAGUGUUUUUAGCCUAAUUUUUUAAGUGCUGGAUGGCUGUGGAGACUUUAGAUUAACUUUUAAUGAAAUAUAAGAAUAACCCAAAUACCAUGACACGUGAGACCUUAGGAGUAGUUGAACCUCCGGGUUUGGGAAACUCUCAUCUAGUAUUUGAUGAGCGUCGAAAAGGUGUCGUCCAGCUCACCUAUGGCUCUCUGGUGCUCCUGGCUGCGAUAUUCAUCUGCACCGUCGUCGGUACCGGUUUGGCGGUCUACAACUUUGCGGCUUGUCCCCGAAUGGAUCCACUUUCAGAGGUUUCUUUAGAGGAAAAUUCAACAUUUUGUGCCCUUUUCUCCACGACAACCGUCGCGAACGAUAUAGACAUUUCUACAGAUGCUCCCGUUAAAAAAAUCGAUGUGCGGUUACCCAAGACAAUAGUACCAGUCGCAUACAAUAUAGCCCUUGUGCCUUUUAUAAUCGAAGGGAAUUUUACAUUCAACGGAGAAGUUAGUAUUAUCAUUAAAGUGUUAGAGAAUACAAAUUCGAUUACGUUAAAUGUGAACGAUAUCAAAGUCAAUGAAAGUUCUGUGAACGUUAGAAGAUUGGUGGAAGGUGAUAAAAUUCAAGAUAUUGUUGUUGAAUCGCAAGUUGAAGAUAAAACUAGACAAUUUUAUGUUUUAAAAUUAAACGAGUUGCUAGAUGCUGGAGUGGAAUAUGUAGUGUAUAUGAAAUAUGAAGGUGUGCUUAAUGAUUAUAUGCAAGGAUUUUACAGGAGUUCAUAUAUGGUCAAUAAUUCUACAAGAUGGUUAGCUGCUACACAGUUCCAGGCGACGGACGCCCGGCGAGCUUUUCCGUGCUUCGACGAGCCGAGCUUGAAAGCUCGAUUCACCAUAAACGUUGCGAGACCUCGUGAAUAUACUUCUAUAUCGAACAUGCCAAAGAAAAAUGUUAUUUCAGAACCAGUAGAAAACGUACCAGGCUAUGUUUGGGAUCACUACGAAGAAUCGGUGCCUAUGUCAACUUAUCUUGUGGCCUUUGUCGUAUCAGAUUUGGCAAAUAAAUCUGAUGGUAAUUUCACUGUAUGGGCUAGAAGUGAAGCAAUAUCUUCAACCAGCUAUGCAUUAGAUGUGGGGCCUAGACUGCUCAAAUACUUUGAAGAAUACUUUGGAAUAAAAUAUCCAUUGCCCAAACUUGAUAUGAUAGCAUUGCCAGAUUUCAGUGCAGGGGCUAUGGAGAAUUGGGGACUUAUCACUUAUAGAGAAACGGCGAUGUUAUAUGAAGAAGGCGUUUCAUCGAGUGUUUUUCGAGAAAGAGUUGCUACCGUAGUGGCUCAUGAAUUGGCUCAUCAAUGGUUCGGGAACUUGGUCACUCCAUUCUGGUGGACCGACCUCUGGUUGAAUGAAGGAUUUGCGACUUAUGUUGAAUACAUUGGAUUGGAAGCGGUUGAACCCACGUGGCGGUCAAUGGAGCAGUUCGUAGUUCUGGAUCUGCAGAGUGUUAUGGGUCUAGAUGCUUUAUCAUCUUCUCAUCCAGUCUCAGUUGUUGUGCACAAUCCUGAUGAAGUCGAUGAAAUAUUUGAUAGAAUUUCAUAUGCAAAAGGUGCCGCGAUAAUAAGGAUGAUGGAUCACUUUCUUACAAACAAAGUUUUCAGACAUGGUUUGAACGAUUAUUUAGAGUCAAGAAAAUAUCAGGCUGCUGAACAAGAUGAUCUUUGGGAGGCGUUGACCAGAGCAGGCAAAAAAGCAGGCGUUUUACUUGAUGGAUAUACUGUUAAAGACAUUAUGGAUACAUGGACUCUUCAAACUGGAUUUCCUGUAGUGCACGUUGAUAGAGAUUAUGAUAAAUUUUCUGUUAGUUUUAGUCAGAUACGUUUUAUGUUAUCGUCUUCGGAAAGAAAAGCAUCUAAACAAGUUUGGAAAAUUCCUAUUACAUUUACAACUUCAGAAGUAUCAGAUUUUAAUUCAACUAAGACACAGCAUUGGCUUAAUACUCGUUCACUAAAAGUAGAAGUACCUUCUUUGUCUUCCAAUCAAUGGAUCAUCGUUAAUAUCCAAGAAACUGGUUUUUACAGAGUUAAUUAUGACCGACAAAAUUGGCGUUUAAUUUCACAGCAUCUUUUGGAUCCUGAUCGGUUUGCUCAAAUCAGUGCCGUCAAUAGGGCUCAAUUGCUGGAUGAUGCAUUGAACUUGGCUCGAGCUGAUCUUUUAGAUUAUUCAACUGCAUUGGAAAUAACAAGAUAUUUAGCACAUGAACGAGAAUAUGUACCAUGGAAAGCAGCGAUAAAUGGAAUGACCAUGAUUGGCGACAUGUUAGCAAAAACCGGAGCUUUCGAAUAUUAUAAGCAAUACUUGUUGCGUUUACUCCGAGCCACCUACAUGGAAGUUGGUUUCAAAGAAGUAUCUGGAGAAAGCUUAUUAACAGUUUAUAAAAGAAUGGAAAUCUAUUCUUUAGCUUGCGAAUUGGGUUUGGAAGAUUGUUUAAGACAUUGCGUCACCAUGUUUGAAAAUUGGAAGAAUACGCCAAAUCCAGAUCGUGAUAAUCCAAUUCCAGCAAAUAUGAAGAGUUUAGUAUAUUGUACAGCCGUUCGAGUUGGUGGCCAGGAUCAUUGGGAUUUCACCUGGGAACGUUACUUGAAAGCAACGGUUAGCUCUGAAAAGGAACUACUUUUGAGCGCUUUGGGAUGCACCAGAGAAACCUGGUUACUUGCCAGAUACUUGGAUCGUGCAAUGUCCGAAGAACAUGGAAUUCGAAAACAGGAUCUGUACCGUGUUUUUGGAGCAGUAUCUGAUAAUGUUAUAGGGCAGCCAAUCGUAUUUUCUUAUAUUAGACAAAAUUGGAAUAAACUUAAAAAAUAG